GCCAUGAUGCUAGGACUGGAACCGGCGCUGAGGUUCUGUGACGGCCCUACUCAUGUCCAGGACCUCAUGGAUCGCGUUGCACGAGCGAGCUUGAAGAGGAGGCGAUAGACGCAGCCAGAGAAGAUGUCGGGCCAAACGCUCACGGAUCGGAUCGCCGCCGCUCAGUACAGCGUGACAGGUUCUGCUGUAGCAAGAGCGGUCUGCAAAGCCACCACCCAUGAAGUGAUGGGCCCCAAGAAAAAGCACCUGGACUAUUUGAUCCAGGCCACCAAUGAGACCAAUGUUAAUAUUCCUCAGAUGGCUGACACGCUCUUCGAGCGGGCGACAAACAGUAGCUGGGUGGUUGUAUUUAAGGCUUUGGUGACAACACAUCAUCUCAUGGUGCAUGGGAAUGAGAGAUUUAUUCAGUAUUUGGCCUCUAGAAAUACACUAUUCAAUCUUAGCAAUUUUUUGGACAAAAGUGGAUCCCAUGGUUAUGAUAUGUCCACCUUCAUAAGGCGCUAUAGUAGAUACUUGAAUGAAAAGGCUUUCUCUUACAGACAGAUGGCAUUUGAUUUUGCCAGAGUAAAGAAAGGGGCUGAUGGUGUAAUGAGGACAAUGGCUCCUGAAAAGCUACUAAAGAGUAUGCCAAUACUGCAGGGACAAAUUGAUGCACUGCUUGAAUUUGAUGUGCAUCCAAAUGAGCUAACAAAUGGUGUCAUUAAUGCUGCAUUUAUGCUUCUUUUCAAAGAUCUUAUCAAACUUUUUGCUUGCUACAAUGAUGGAGUUAUCAACUUGCUCGAAAAGUUUUUUGAAAUGAAGAAAGGACAAUGUAAAGAUGCUCUAGAAAUUUACAAACGCUUUCUAACUAGAAUGACGCGAGUAUCUGAAUUUCUCAAAGUUGCAGAGCAAGUUGGUAUUGAUAAAGGUGACAUUCCUGACCUCACACAGGCUCCCAGCAGUCUUAUGGAGACCCUUGAACAGCAUCUAAAUACAUUAGAAGGAAAGAAACCUGGAAACAAUGAAGGAUCUGGUGCUCCCUCUCCAUUAAGUAAGUCUUCUCCAGCCACAACUGUUACGUCUCCUAAUUCUACACCAGCUAAAACCAUUGACACAUCCCCACCGGUUGAUUUAUUUGCAACUGCAUCUGCGGCUGUCCCAGUCAGCACUUCUAAACCAUCCAGUGACCUCCUGGACCUCCAGCCAGACUUUUCCUCUGGGGGAGCAGCAGCAGCUGCCGCAGCACCAGCCCCACCACCACCUGCUGGAGGAGCCACUGCAUGGGGAGACCUUUUGGGAGAGGAUUCUUUGGCUGCACUUUCUUCUGUUCCCUCUGAAGCACAGAUUUCAGACCCAUUUGCACCAGAACCUACCCCUCCUACUACAACUGCUGAAAUUGCAACUGCUUCAGCUUCUGCCUCAACUACUACAACUGUUACUGCUGUAACUGCUGAUGUGGAUCUCUUUGGAGAUGCCUUUGCAGCUUCUCCUGGGGAGGCCCCUGCAGCAGCCGAGGGGGCCGCCGCACCAGCUCCCCCAGCCCCUGUAGCAGCAGCACUUGAUGCAUGUUCAGGAAAUGACCCCUUUGCCCCGUCCGAAGGUAGUGCAGAGGCUGCGCCUGAGCUGGACCUCUUUGCCAUGAAGCCACCUGAGACCAGUGUUCCUGUAGUUACCCCUACAGCUAGCACAGCCCCUCCGGUUCCCGCAACUGCUCCUUCUCCUGCUCCUGCCGUGUCAGCUGCCACUGCUGCCACUACCGCUGCCGCCGCCACCACCACCACCUCUACCACCACCUCUGCCGCCACCACCACCACCGCUCCUCCUGCUCUAGAUAUCUUUGGUGAUUUGUUUGAGGCUGCUCCGGAAGUCGCUGCGGCGCCUAAGCCAGAGGCUGCUCCUAGCAUAGACCUGUUUGGUACAGAUGCUUUCUCCUCUCCACCACAAGGGGCCUCUCCUGUGCCUGAGAGUUCUCUCACUGCUGACCUCUUAUCCGUGGAUGCAUUUGCUGCACCAUCUCCUGCAAACACUGCCUCGCCAGCGAAGGUGGAUUCUUCAGGUGUGAUAGACCUUUUUGGGGAUGCAUUUGGAAGUAGUGCUUCUGAGCCUCAACCCGCACCUCAGGCUGCUUCUAGUUCAUCAGCAUCGGCAGACCUACUAGCUGGAUUUGGGGGUUCUUUCAUGGCCCCUUCUCCAUCACCAGUGACUCCAGCUCAGAAUAAUCUGCUACAGCCCAAUUUCGAGGCAGCCUUUGGAACAACGCCUUCAACUUCUAGCAGCAGCUCCUUUGAUCCAUCAGUGUUUGAUGGUCUAGGUGAUCUUCUGAUGCCAACUAUGGCACCAACUGGACAGCCUGCUCCUGUCUCAAUGGUACCACCCAGUCCAGCAAUGGCUGCCAGCAAAGCUCUUGGGAGUGAUCUUGAUUCAUCUCUUGCCAGCUUAGUAGGCAAUCUUGGAAUUUCUGGUACCACAUCAAAAAAGGGAGAUCUUCAGUGGAAUGCGGGUGAGAAAAAGUUGACUGGUGGAGCCAACUGGCAGCCGAAAGUCGCUCCUGCAACGUGGUCAGCAGGGGUUCCCCCGAGUGCACCUUUGAAAGAUUGGGCAGUUUUCUAUUGUCAAGGAGCUGUACCUCCGACGAGUUCGGUGCCACCUGGUGCCGGGGCCCCAUCUGUUGGACAACCCGGAGCAGGAUUCGGAAUGCCUCCUGCUGGGACAGGCAUGCCCAUGAUGCCUCAGCAGCCAGUCAUGUUUGCACAGCCCAUGAUGAGGCCACCCUUUGGAGCUGCAGCUGUGCCCGGCACACAGCUUUCUCCAAGCCCUACACCCGCCACUCAGAGUCCCAAGAAACCUCCAGCAAAGGACCCAUUAGCGGAUCUUAACAUCAAGGAUUUCUUGUAAACAAUUUAAGCUGCAAUUUUUGUGACUGAAUAGGAAAAAAAAAAAUGAGUUUGGAGACUUCAAAAAAGAUUGAUGCUCAGAGUUACAAAGUGAGCCACCAGUACCGAACCCAAUGCUUACUCAUAACUUCUCUUCAAAAAUGUGUAGCACAGCUGUGAAAGUGAACAUUAGGAAUGUGUACUACCUUAGCUGUUAUCCCUACUCUCAAAAUCGUAGUGUAUUUGGGUUAUUUGUGUGUUGUACGACGUAAACAAUGAAUGGAUGUUUCUGAUGCCUCUAGUGCUUUUCUGGACCUCGCCCAUGGACGGAUGACGCAGCUGUCGUGUGAGCCAUUUGGAAAGAUGUGUCUGUGUUUUUGGAGGUUUCAAUGUAUAUAUAACUUUUGGACAAACCCUAAACUCUUCCAUAAAUUCUCUUUUCUUCUGUAUCUCUGUUACAAACAUAGUGUGAUAAUAUCAGAUAGUAAGAAAAACACUCUUAAAUAUACAGAACUUUUUUUGGUGUGGAGUACAUUUUCCAAUCACAGGAACUUCAACUGUUGUGAGAAAUGUUUAUUUUUGUGGCACUGUAUAUGUUAAGAAAUUUUAUUUUAAAGA